CACUGCACUCCGAAAUGGCCCUGCGAGUCCAACUUAAGACUUCAACAAACGAUCUACAUUACACAUACACACACGAUCAAGUUAUAAAACCACUUCCCAAACCUUCAGAAGCUUGAGUCUUAAACACUAUAUCCAACCCAAAACGACCCCUAAAACAGCCAACACGAUGGAACCUCAAGGAAUCAGAGAAGAGGCCUUCCCCGCCCGGAACAGGCAGGAAACGGGAACAGUGAAUGGCGUCCCUACCGAAGUCACUUCAGUCUCCUUUUCCGACAAGUUUGUAUUGACAAUUUCACAAGACGGCAAGCUCUCACAAUGGAUCCAAGUACCUCUGCAAGCUUCAUCAGGCGGCAUGGUCGACCUCAGCCUGCCUUCAAGUAGCCGGGGCCUGCUCCCUUCAGUGCACCUCACACCCAAAACUCUUCUCGGCGGUGGAGGUGAUGAGAGGGAAACUCUAGGACAGCUCUACGCCGCACAGAUUGCUAGUCUCAUGUCCACGAGAGAUCCCGAGGAUCGCAGAACGCUCGUGCUUGGAUUAGGGCUCACCAAGGUCGACACUGAGCGGGAAGCCUUCUUCGAUACAGUUGAGUUGGUUCAGAAGGUUCUGUGA